AUGGCGCAUAUCUUCACUGGCGGCUAUUCCUUCGAGUCAGCGUGGGCUCAGCUCCAAAGCAAAUACGGCGACCCAGCCUUGAUUAUUCAAGCCCAUAAUCAGUGCCUUCUACAGCUUCUACCUUUCAAGACCGGCUACUUUGACUCCCUUUUUCACAUGGCAACUGCUGUACACGAUGCCGUUUCGAGUGUGGGCCCUGAGCACAUCGAUAUGUUCACCUACUCCACGGUAGUUGGCUCACUCCACGUCAAUCUACCGAUUAAUCUUCAAACAGAUUGGGGCAAGUAUGCCUAUGAAUUGAGACGAGUUCCAUCACUAAAGGAUUUUGACAGCUGGAUCGACGCAAUUGUUGGGGCGGAAGAGCUUCGUGGUGCCAAACUCUCUUCGACAGGCAGUUCAAAUGCAACAAAACCACCCGCUUCCGGUACGACGAAUAUAAACAACAGCAACCAAAACCAACCAGGCAGCAGCAACUAUAACAACCGCAACCCAACUGUCCUUGUGCAAUCAUUAUUGGAAGUAGCAGUCUUUCCCGAGUGUCCCGCCUGCAAGGAGAAUCCAGGACACAGGCUCGAAAUGUGUAACGUUUUCAAAAGGAUGAUUGUCAACGCUCGCGCCGCAUUAUGCGCCUCCAACAACCACUGCUUCAAAUGUCUAAUUCGUGGCCAUUACACCCGAAAAUGCAGAAGACAAAACGCUGGUUGCAAAGAAUGUGGCGGCCCCCAUCAUUCGUUACUACAUAGAGCUGAUCGGCAGUUCCCAGAGGCAUCAACCAAUAAAGGUAACAAUCAUCACGUACUUCUCGUUAAAUCCAUGGACAGCGGUGUUCGGCCAGUUUCAUUGGCUAUUGUUCAAUUGUUGGUUGAAACGUUCGACUCGGUUCGCACAACCUAUGCUGUCCUUGAUCCUGGUAGCGAAGCAACCCUUGUAACACGAAACUUGGCAAACUCGCUAAAUCUAAAAGGCCCGCCCUUGCUCGUUCGCUUUGGUUCGUUCUGGGACUCGCUUUUGGUCGAAUCCAAUGUAGUAACGUUUAAACUAAACUCUCUGGAUGGCAAACACACCUUGGAGGCGUCCAACGUCUUAGUCGUCCCAAAGAUUACUCUGUCCCAGCGUAAAAUUGAUUGGCCCAGUAUUAAAACUAAUUGGGAACACUUGUCCACCCUUGACCUUCCAAGUAUCGAUUCGUCCAAAGUCGAAGUUUUAAUCGGAAUGGAUUUUCCAUCCGCUCAUCAAACGCUCCAAAUCGCCGUACCGAUCGAAGGUGAAGAUGGCCCUACAGCGCACCAGACUUGCUUCGGUUGGGCCGUCGUUGGCAAAAUACCGCGAUAUCUCGUUGCCAGUCCUAGUAAGAAGCGAAACGUAAAUUUAGGUUACGUACAACUCCAUUCGUCGCCCUUCGAUGCUUCAGAAGACUCGCAAUCAGCAAAGCCAUGCAAAAAUUCACCCGAUACCACAGCUGCUAACUCCACUUCCGACGGAGACGAUCAAAUGGUAGCCAUCAUCAACCGGUCUAUGACGCGCUUAAAAUGUGGUUACCAGAUUGAGCUGCCAGUAAAACCGAACCACCCUUUAAUUCCCAACAACAGGAGUCAAGCGCUUUCGCGUUUCUAUGGACUCGAACGUCACCUUCUUGACCCGAAUAUGCGCAGCCUCGCAAAACAAUACGAACAAAAGAUCAAUAAUCUCAUCGCUUCAGGCACUGUAGUACUUGUGGAUCGGUCAGAAAUUGACAAACCAGCGGGUUUUAUUUGGCAUUUACCGCAUUUUUUCGUCGUCAACAACAACAAGCCGGACAAGGGGAUUCGAGUCGUUUUCGAUUGUGCCGCUCGUUACAACGGAAUAUCUCUCAACGAUAUUACAUUGCGUGGACCCCCAUCUAUUCCUUAUCUGGUUGGUAUCCUACUUCGAGCGCGCCAACAUUCCGUCGCCCUUUCGGCCGAUAUUACUUCAUUUUACCAUCGUAUCGGUGUAGACAAAAAAACAUCAGUCUCUUCAACGCUUCGUUUUCCGGAAAUUUGGCAGCAAUUCUCCGGUACUCACGUACCAAUUCACGACCUUGGUAUUCGGCGAAAUUUGUGCAUCAUCUGCCGCCGUUCAAACCUUGCAACGCGCAGCAAACGACAACAUGCGCUUUCCCCACGUUGCAACCAGAUUAAAGGACAAUUUUUACUCCGAUAA